GAGCUCCUUCGUACUUGAGCAAUUCCAAACAGAUAAUACAUCUUUCACGAACAACACCAUGGACGAGUUCGCACAAACAGGAGCCCAGCAGGACGACUUGUUCGACGACAUUCAGUAUGAUCAAUCCAUGCAGACUCGUGCUCCGGAUGAUUUGUUCAACGACGAGAUCCAGCCCGUAAAGUCCGAAGACCAACACAACAUACAACCAGACGAGAAAAAGGGAGAGCCGAUCGACCACCAGAAGGAAGUACCUCCAGUAGCUUCAUCAACUGAAGUAGUACUCGAGUCAUCAACUCCUACAGACACAACGCCAGCUCCCACGAGCUCGGCAACAACUCGUGGACGGGCUGGUAGAGGAAGGGGUAGAGGCAGAGGAGGACGCAACAAUCAAGACCGCACUACUCAAGAGCACAAAAUUCGCACUACGCAAGAGCACAACAAUCAAGAUCGUAUCACGCAGGACCGCAACAACCAGGAUCGCAACAACCAGGAUCGCAACAACCAGGAUCGCAACAACCAGGAUCGCAACAACCAGGAUCGUCAAAAUCAAAAUCAAGAUCGCAAGAACCAGGACCGCAGGAAUCAGAAUCGCAACAAUCAGGAUCGUCCCAGCACGGAUCGUAGAACCAACGAACCUCGUCGCAACCAACCCAACCGCAAUCAGAAGGAGGCUGUGUCCCAGGAUACAGAUGAACAGCAACAACCCCAACAGCCACCGACUCCUACAGCCGAACCUGCAAAGCCAGCUACCAAUGCUGUACGUGGUGAUCGUACCGCAACCGGAGGACUACGUAAGCCGAAGCUUAGCGAACAGGAGCUCGCCGAGAAAAUGUCAAGGAUAUCGCUCAAGAACGAAAAGCUCGCUGCCGCACACGCCCGUGCUGAAGCAGAUGCUGCCGACUUUGCUGAGCGUGAAGAAGUUGCUGCCAAGCGCAGACAAGAAGAGCGUAGAGACAGACAACAGAUGAUGGGUGAACGUGAAAAGAAUAGACUGCGGAAGCUCAAGACCGUGGGAGGCAGAGAGUGGGACGCCGAGAAGCCCGAUGACGCCGAUGCAUUCGGAGGUCCCAGGCAGGCCGGCGGUAGGGGACGUGGUGCGCAUGGUGGUAUCGCCGGGCAGAGAAAUCCCGAAGGUUCUCGCGAAGGUUUCGGUGGUGAUAGAGAAGACUACACUGAUGGACGCGAGUACAUGCACCGUGAAGAUCGGGGUAGAGGUAGAGGUCGUGGACGAGGAGGCCGUGGAGGCUCAGGUCGAGGCGGACGUGGCCCACAGCAAGAGAAACAGCCCUCUCAGUCAGUGCCCAAGCCUACAGACUUCCCAGACCUGUCUGGCUCAGCCUCGGCUCCCAAGUUUGAUUCUGCUGCUCCACCGACCAUGGAGCUCCCGACAAAGGCGAAGGUUGAAAGGCUCGACAUUGACGAUCAAAUCACUCCUGGAACGGAGAAAAAGUCUUGGGCUGACAUGAUGGAGUAAAUUUCGCGACCUCGGACACUUUAAAGGGUGCAAGAUAUACUCUUACAGACAGAAUAUCCUCUUUCAGACAGCACACACCUCUCCAAACGUGAUGUGAAGACUGUCUAGAGAGCAAACCUAAUCAUUACGUUGCCGA